AUGAGCUUGUUCAUUGAGAACGCGCGACUGGUCGGCCGCUCGAUCUCUUCGAGUGUCUUGUCUGGCGCCGACCCGUCGGAGUUCGACCCUAGCAACCCCAUUACGUUGUUUAUUAUCCAGCUCUUCAUCAUCAUCUGCUUCACCCAAGGUCUGGGAUGGUGCUUGAAGUUUAUGAACCAGCCAAAGGUCAUUGCCGAGGUCAUUGGUGGCAUCAUCCUCGGCCCCACCGUCUUGGGUCGCAUUCCCAACUUUACGGACAGCAUCUUCCCUAGCGAGUCGAUUCCCUACCUCGACCUCGUGGCAACCAUUGGCCUUAUCCUCUUCCUCUUUGUCGUUGGUCUCGAGGUCGACGUCUCAACCGCCAAGCGCAAUGGCCGCAACUCGGCGUUGAUCUCAUUUGCGGGAAUGGCCCUUCCCUUCGCCCUCGGCUCCGCCGUUGCCGUCCCCGUCUACCACAACUUUGUCGAGACCGAGACAGUGACCUUUGGUCACUUCCUGCUCUUCAUCUGUGUCUCGAUGUCCAUCACUGCCUUCCCAGUGCUCUGCCGUAUCCUGACAGCAACCAAGCUUCUUGACACCAAGGUCGGUAUCAUUGUGCUUUCGGCCGGUGUCGGCAACGACGUCGUCGGCUGGGUUCUUCUGGCUCUCACUCUCGCCCUCACGGGUGCCAAGAGUGGUGUCACCGCCGUGUACAUCCUGCUUUGCGCCGUGGCCUGGUCUAUCCUUCUGCUGUGGCCCAUCCGCAAGGCCUUCCUCUGGCUGUGUCGUCGAACCGGAUCCCUUGAGCACGGCCCCACCCCGGGUGUCAUGACGAUCAUGCUGCUCAUCGUGUUUGGGUCCGCUUUCGUCACGGGCAUCAUUGGUGUCCACCCCAUCUUUGGCGGCUUCAUCGCCGGUCUCAUCAUCCCUCACGAGGGUGGCUUCGCCAUUGCUGUCACCGAGCGCAUUGACGACCUCGUCUCCAUGCUCUUCCUCCCGAUCUAUUUCGUCCUUUCGGGUCUCAAGACCAACCUCGGCCUCCUCAACACUGGCAAGAUUUGGGGCUUUGUCAUCAUGCUCUGCUGCGUCGCCUUUUCGUCCAAGUUUAUUGGUUGCGCCGGCACCGCCAAGAUUCUGGGUUACAGUUACCGCGAGUCUGGUGCCAUCGGCAUGCUCAUGUCCUGCAAGGGUCUUGUCGAGCUCAUUGUCCUCAACGUUGGUCUCCAGGCCGGUAUUAUCGACGAGCAGCUCUUCUCCAUGAUGGUUCUUGUCGCGGUGGUCCUCACCUUUGCCACCACCCCUUGCACCCUCUUGAUCUACCCCAAGAGGUUCCACGUCCGUCUCUCGGCCACGGGCGAGCCUCUUGAGGACAACGCCACCAACGCUGCUGCUCGCGCCGAUUUCCUGCGUGCCUCAUCUGGCGGUGCUGCCGGUGGUCGCGAGUACACCUCGCGCAUCCUCGUCGUUCUCCAGAAGCUCGAGCACCUCGGUGCCACCAUGUUCAUCACCCAGCUCCUCGAGCCCGCUCACCCGGUGCAUGCCGAGGCCCUCAACUCGCUCAACUCGAGCACCAACGGCAAGACUAUCGACAGCGGUUCGAGUGAGGCUGGGAGCAGUGAUGAUGGCAGUGCCAAGAGCGUCGUUCACAUUGACGCCCUCAAGCUCGUCGAGCUCACUGGCCGUACAUUUUCGGUCAUGCAGUCGGCUGAGAAGGACCAGCUCCUGCUUACCGAUGACGCGCUCCAGCUCUACAAGCAGUUCGGUCGCCUCCGUGGCAUGGACAUUAACCCCCACAUUUCCGUCAUCAGCCAGGAGGGCUAUGCGAGUGCCGUUGCCGACUAUGCGAUGGAGCUCAACUCUGAACUCGUCGUGAUUCCUUGGACUAUUCCCGCAGGCGGCCCGAUCGUCACCCCGGAGCCCGAGGAGAACGGUGUCAGCUCGAUGGCCAACAACUCGACGCCAUUUGACAACAUCUUUGCCGGUGACGGUUCGCCCAUGUACACUCACUUUAUCCGCAACAUGUACACUACCACCACUGCCGACGUUGGCGUUUUCAUUGACCGCGGCUUUGGCGGUGCCACCGUCACUCCCCCGGGCUCUGGCCAGCACAUCUUCUUCCCCUUCUUUGGCGGCCCCGACGACCGUCUUGCGCUCCGCAUGGUCGUGCAGCUCUGCCACCACGCCAACGUCACCGCCACUGUCAUCCGCAUCGUCCACGAGGACGCUCCCGACUCUGCCUCGGACGCUGGCACUGUCCACGAGACCAAGCCGUUGUCGGAGGGCGCCCAGGCUCACCAGGUUGCCUUCCAGAGCAACCAGCUUACCGUCGGCGGCCCCAAGCUCGAGGAGCAGAGCCGUGUCGUCUCGGAGACGGCUGACAACAUUGCCUGGACCUACUACACCUCCACGGGGGGCGCGUCGUCGGAUACCGCCCUCCGCCGCAUCGUCUUCACCUCGGAGGACACGGCCACUCCUCUCCAGUUUGCUGCGCAAAAGGCCGAGGCGAUCCUGCAGGCGUCCCGCGGCGGCCGCAUGUGGCGCCCCCUCCUUGUUGUCGCUGGUCGUGGCCGCAGGCGCGCCGCGUACAACCACGAGAACGAGCUGUCGACCAUCCUCGCCAACCGCGGCCAGAACCCCAUUGUCGGUGCCGAGCUGCGCAAGACUGUCGGCGACCCUGCGACGGCCCUCAUCCUCGCCGGUGGCCAGGCAGGCCAGGCUUCGUUCCUGGUCUUCGAGGCCGGCCAGUAG